CCACCAUUCCCGUCCCCUCCAUCCCUCUCCCCACGCUCAACCCCUCUCCAGCCCACCCGUGGGGCCACCAUUCCCGUCCCCUCCAUCCCUCUCCCCACGCUCAGGGGCGACCAUUCCCAUCCCCUCCAUCCCUCUCCCCACGCUCAACCCCCCUCCAGCCCAGCCGUGGGGCCACCAUUCCUGUCCCCAUCCCUCUCCCCACGCUCAAACCUCUCCAGCCCAUCCGUGGGGCCACCAUUCCUGUCCCCUCCAUCCCUCUCCCCACACUCAACCCCCCUCCAGCCCAGCUGUGGGGCCACCAACCUGUCCCCUCCAUCCCUCUCCAGAUGAUGCUCCAGCUGCUGCUGCUCUGCGGAGCCCUAGGAUGUGGGGCAGACCAGGCGGCCCCCCUCACCUUCACCAUGCUGCAACGCACCCGCGUCUCCAAAGGCAACUCCAUCUUCUGGGGGAACGCCAGCCUGGACGGGAGGCUCAGCCACCUCCUGGAGGGGGGUAACGUCACCCAGGUGCUGCCCCUGGAGCCCCCCGAGGCCUGGGCCAGGCGCCAGCAGGUUGUCACCAACUACCUCUCCUACUUCGGCGGGCUGGUGAGGCUCUUCAGCCAGGAGAGACCCAUCAACUACACCCAGAGCCUGUGCUGCCGCCUGGGCUGCCAGCUCUUCCCCAACGGCACAACCCACAGCUUCUACGAGGUGACCCUCAACGGGACAGCUUUCCUCUCCUUCCACGUCCCCAACGCCACCUGGGAGCGGCGCUGGCCCCGCGACGACGCCGUGGCCGCCUUUGCCCAGAGCGAGCUGAUGAAGUACUCCGAGACCACCCAGGACCUCCAGUAUUUCCUCAACACCACCUGCGUGGACAUCCUGCAGGCUCAGAGCGCCGGGACGGGGAAGCAGAGCAGCAGGUCGCACGCCCCGCUGGUGCUGGGCUUGAUCCUGGGGACCCUCGCCUUGCUGGGCAUGGCCGUGGGGAUCUUCUUGUGCACGGGAGGGAGCUGCUAGCACCCUGUCACCUGAGGUCCUGUGUCACCUCGAGGAGGCAGGGGAUGGACCCAUCGUCACCCCAUGGAGGGAGGGAGCGAGCCUGAGCCCCACAAGGGAGGUAUCUCCCCAGCACCGUGGGCUUUGCUCCCAAAGGACACCACACCGGUGGCUUCUUUGCCUGGUCCCAGCUGGGUUGACCCCCCCAGCAGCAGCCCCCUGCCUUGGGGACUGUCCCCAUGAUGCCAGGCUGGCAUGGUGCACUGAGACUUAAUGGUUGGCAAAGAUGGAAAA